AUGACCUCUAUCCCCAACCAGAACCGCAAAACAUCCCACCCAUCGCACCUUCCCAUGCUACCUCUACAACCAACCCCCGCCUCCCUCCUCCUCUCCCAAGACCCCCGACUCACACAGCGGCUCCAAAAUCGCAAUGGAUUCUUCUCCACCGGCUGUCGCGAGCUCGACUCCCACGUUCUUCUCGACGGAGGACUCAAUGGAGGAGGUUUAGGAGGAGGAUUCGAAGGGAGUUGUGUGGUCGGUCUGAGCUGCGAAGAAGAGACGAUCGGGUUGGCGAUUGGGUUGCAGGUUAUUGCGAGGAUGUUGUUAUUGUCCUCUGAUGAGAGCAAAGCAAAGGCGAAGUCGAAGGCAAUGAUCAUCACGACACUUUCCACGACUUCGCUGCUGCCUAGGUUGAGAUUGGCGGUGGUUAGUGAGGCGAGGGCAGCGCUGCUUCAAGGGAAUGGGAAUGAGAAUGGGAAUGGGAACGGGAACGGGCAGCAGAAGCAGGCUUGUUUGGAAAGGGUGUUGGUGGCGAGGGUUUUUGAUGCGGAGGGGUUGAGGGAAGUUUUGAGGGAGUUGGAGGGUGAUGAAGCUGGUUCGGAAGAGAAGGAGGAGAAGCACCCCCAGCAGCAGCGGCGGCGGCGGCAGGGAGACGACAUGCAAGAAGAAGAGAAUGAACAAAGCCAUGAAGGCGAGAACAGCAGCAGCAAAGAGAGCAGCAGCAAAAACGACCUAAUCCUAAUAACCAACACCUCCCACCUGCUCAACACCCUCUUCACCCGCAACAAGACCGGCGCCGCCGACAGGUCUACAGCUCACAACUCGGCGGUUCAGCUAUCUGAUCAAAUCCGCGCUCUUAGCAGGAGAGGGCCGUUGGUGAUGAUGCUGAACUCGACUACCUCACCGGCUUCCACUUCCUCCUCUAACAACUCCACCUCCUCGAUCUACGAUGAUGACAGAGGAGGACCAAAACAACCAGAUCUCAGCAUCAUGCGCUCAAUCUUCAAUCCUCCACCAAUUCCGGCACCUAUGGAGGCUGCGCCGCCGGGGUAUAUGGCUGGUUUAGUCGGUAGUGGUACUGCUACCGGGCCCGCCGUGGCAAGUUACAGAGGUGGAGGAGGAUAUGGAGGACGUGGAGGAUACGGCAGCAGCCACUUUGAUCACCAAGUAGCGCAAACCCAAUCAGCAGCAGCAGCAGCAGCAGUAGCAGCCGCCGCGGCAUCAAGAAGAAACAAACCCUCCUACGGCAUGGUCUUCUCCCAGAUGCUGGAUUUACAUUUAUUGUGCACCAAAGUGGCUAGGGGGAGGAUCCGUCACGGCGGUGGCUACGGAGGAGGCUACGGAGGGUAUGGGGGGUAUGGAGGGUAUAUAUGGGCGGUGGAAGUGCUGUUGGAUGAGCUUGGGGUUUAUGCGGGGUUGGAGGGGGUUUUGGGUAAAGCAGGAAAAGGGGAAGGGGAGGGGGGGCAACAUGAGGAAGAGAAGGGAAGAAGGGAAAGGAGAGGGCUGAUAAGGAGGAAUAGGGAGCAGAGAUGGGGUGCUGUGGGGAGUGGGAGGGUUUUUGAUGCGUUUAGAUAG